AUGCUGCAAGAUUCUAAAGCAACAGACUCAACCAUUUUAGACUAUGAGCUCAGCGAGGUUGACCAAGACAGGAUUUCAAGGCUGAAGGAGAUCCAUUCCUGGCUUUGAGCUGUGAACAUAGCCUUGUUGGCUUUCUCAACUGUAGCACUAACCUCAUGUUACAACUCCUAUGUGCUGGGACAGAUAGUGAUGGGAUCCAUAUUCACAGCUUUUGCUAUUGCUUGCAUUCAUUUUCCUCAGAUAAAACUUUUAAGGAGUAAAUCUGCCAAGAUUUUGCUUGUUAUGUAUUUCAUCUUCUCCAUCACAUCGAUGCUGUUUAUGAUCACAUCAGCAUGAAUUUUGUGGCCAAUCCCAGGGAUUUUCGUGAGAGAUACAGGUAACAAGAAAGAUGUAGGCUACUACAUGUUCUCUAUCUCUUGCUUCCUGUUAGGAAUAAUCCCGACGAUACACUCCAUCACCAUCAUGGAUCUCUUAAGAAAUGCCUCUAAGGCUGCUUCAAGCGUUCAAUAUCAGAAGAGAACAAGAUGGAUAGUAGACUCACGUGAUAACAAGGAUCAUCCUGCCUGUCCUAUGGUCGCUUCUACCUCUUCAGAUGCUAGUUCGUACCUGGGUCAUUCAAAAGUACUAAUAGAGCUAUCACAGACAGCUUAAUAAUAUACUUAAUGAAGUGAGAUUCCAAUAGAAUGUUAGUUUUUAUCUCAAAGUUGAUCUCCCAA